AUGGUACAAGAGCGUGUUUUGAACGAAUUAAAAAAUUUAAACAUCAAACAUCUUUUAUUACAAGUCGGCGAUAGUGAUUUAAUAGAUUUUCCUCUCAAUGGAUCAAUUUUAAAUGAUGUUUAUAUUGAGUAUUAUAAAUUUAAAGAUUCACUUGAUUCCGAUAUAGAUAAAGCUGAUUUAAUUGUAAGUCAUGCUGGUGCUGGUAGUAUAUUACAAUGUUUAGAAGCAAAAAAACGUUUACUCGUUGUUGUUAAUGAAACACUGAUGAACAAUCAUCAAUUAGAAAUAGCUGAAGAAAUGGAAAAACAAGGUUAUCUAUUCUAUUGUACAUGUUCAACAUUACAAACGACAUUAAAAAAAUUUCAACAACAUCAAUUUAGAGCCUAUGAACGAGGUAAUCCAACAUUGUUUGGACGAUAUGUAAAUCAAAUUAUGUUAGAUAAUUGA